UCAUUGCAUUUACCGAGCUUUUAGUUCGAAAUCCUCUAACCGGAAGUAACAAUUUCCAGCUUCCGGGGGUUCAUUUCGAAGAGCGAUGGGUCAGAGUCAGAGCGGCGGUCACGGACCAGGAGGGGGGAAGAAGGACGACAAGGACAAGAAAAAGAAGUAUGAGCCGCCCAUUCCCACCAGAGUUGGAAAAAGGAAGAAGAAGACGAAAGGACCAGACGCUGCUAGCAAGCUGCCUUUGGUGACCCCUCACACACAGUGCAGGCUGAAGCUGCUGAAGCAGGAGAGGAUCAAAGACUACCUGCUAAUGGAGGAGGAGUUCAUCCGAAACCAGGAGCAGAUGAAGCCCUUAGAAGAGAAGCAGGAGGAGGAGAGGUCGAAGGUCGAUGACCUGAGGGGCACCCCAAUGUCUGUGGGGACCCUGGAGGAGAUCAUAGACGACAACCAUGCCAUCGUCUCCACCUCGGUGGGGUCUGAGCAUUAUGUUAGCAUCCUGUCCUUCGUGGACAAGGACCUGCUGGAACCUGGCUGCUCUGUUCUGCUCAACCACAAGGUGCACGCGGUCAUCGGGGUGCUGAUGGACGACACGGACCCGCUGGUCACUGUGAUGAAGGUGGAGAAGGCCCCCCAGGAGACGUACGCGGACAUCGGGGGGUUGGACAACCAGAUUCAGGAAAUCAAGGAGUCCGUGGAGCUUCCCCUCACCCACCCGGAGUACUACGAAGAGAUGGGCAUCAAGCCCCCGAAAGGAGUCAUCUUGUACGGCGCACCUGGCACAGGGAAGACGCUGCUGGCCAAGGCGGUGGCGAACCAGACGUCGGCCACGUUCCUGCGGGUGGUGGGCUCGGAGCUCAUUCAGAAGUACCUGGGCGACGGGCCCAAGCUGGUGCGAGAGCUGUUCCGCGUGGCGGAGGAGCACGCCCCCUCAAUCGUCUUCAUCGACGAAAUUGACGCUAUCGGCACCAAGCGGUAUGACUCAAACUCGGGUGGGGAGCGCGAGAUCCAGAGGACCAUGCUGGAGCUGCUCAACCAGUUGGACGGCUUCGACUCGCGAGGCGACGUCAAGGUCAUCAUGGCCACGAACAGGAUCGAGACCCUGGACCCCGCCCUUAUCCGACCCGGAAGAAUCGACCGGAAGAUUGAGUUCCCCCUGCCAGAUGAGAAGACCAAGCGGCGGAUCUUCCAGAUCCACACCAGCCGCAUGACCGUGGCAACGGAUGUAACGCUGGACGACCUCAUCCUGGCCAAGGACGACCUGUCCGGGGCCGACAUCAAGGCCAUCUGCACAGAGGCGGGGCUUAUGGCUCUGAGAGAACGCCGGAUGAAAGUGACCAACGAGGACUUCAAGAAGAGCAAAGAGAACGUGCUGUACAAGAAGCAGGAGGGGACGCCGGAGGGGCUUUACCUCUAACUCCACGCCUCAGAGCACGGCGCAGCUAGACAGUGCUCUGUGCUAGCUAACAGUGCUCUGUGCUAGCUAACAGUGCUCUGUCCCCAUAAACCUUUUGAUACGUUCUGUGCAUGUUGUUAUGUUUUCUUAAAUCCAUAUUUGGAUGAUGUAAGAAUAAAAAAAAGUUAAAUUCCAGAAACUGCAUGUUCUGAUCUGUUCAGUCAUACUCUUGCAAAUAUUUCAUGUUCAAAAAAAUGUUUCUUUGAACAAUUUUACAGUAAUUUUACUGUAGUUCUACUGUAGGUUAUAUUUCUGUCUUGGUUUGAGUUCAAGAUCAAACUGGUAACCAAUCAUAUUUUUUGCUCGUCUUUAUCGAGCCUGUAAUUGUGGUAUAAACCAAGUGGGUGCUUGAGAUAGAAAAAAUCAUAGAUAAUAAAAUGUUAAGGGAAAUGAUGUGGGGUAUUUAAAUUAGUCUCAGAUUAACAGUGUAAAAUUCCACAAUUACAAAAUUCAAUUUUACUUGGUAUGCCGUAAUCACAUUGCUCUUCAUAUCAUGUAUUUUAACUGUCUAGCUAUUUGUUCCAUUGUAGACAGAUUGUAUAAAAAGCAAUGCAGUGUAGCCAGUGUAUGCAUUUAAAUAAGCUGGCCGUUUAGCGUAACUGUAGCGGAGCUGGGCUUAGUGCAUGUGAAACCCUGGAGGGUCAUGGCUGCUGUACCCAUGUGGAAAUUCUUACUGUAAAUGAAACCACUUCAAUAAAUGUCCAGCUACAGUGAGCUCUAUAA